UUGCAUAAACCAGGUCUAGUAUAAAGUGCUCAAUGAUCAGGUCCAGAAUGUGCUGCUCCAAAAACCAACUAUCCCAAAAACAACUCAUCAACUCAUCACCUAGGCUACCUUUGCUCACCUGACUUUUCAAAUUUUAUUCAGCUGGAAUUGCAGUGAUAAUUUGCAUUGAUGUAGUUUGCUUAAUGUAGCAAAAUACUUCAAUCUACACAAAAAAAAAGUUGGGCUUAUAGUGCCCAGAGCUCUUGAGGGAAUGGAAUCAAACCUGGCAGAGAGGACCAUCGCUGUAUCAGGCUUUCCUGAAGACGUUCUUCCCAUUAAUGUGAUGAUUGACAAACUCACCAUUCAUUUUUUGAGGCCAAAGAAUGGUGGUGGAGAGGUGGAAUUUGUCUCCUAUCCUACCAGUGACCCUGGUAUUGCUUAUAUCAUCUUUGAAAAGGAGGAAGUUGUGAACAGUGUGCUAAGAAAGAAGGAGCAAGUGCUAGAAGACAAACAGCUCCCAAAGAAAUAUCCAUUGCAAGUUUCACAGAGUUAUAUUUUUACCAAGGUCUCAGUUGAUUUGGACUUGUCAAUAUUUGGUGAGACAACCAACAUAGUAAGAGAGCUUGAAAGCAGGAAUAAAAGCUUGCAGUUUUCUGCAUGCCCUGAUGGAAGAUUCCGUGUUGCGGGUUCCUUCUCAGCAAUGAAAGACUUGAGGAAAGAUGUGCAGAGAAGAAUAAAUGACUUUCAAAUAUUUCAUCUCCCGAGUUCAGUGUCGAAAUCUGGAGUAAAUACCUCUGAAAGAAAGCUCACAAGGUGUGCGUCUGAGGGUGAAACCAAGCAGCAAAAGCCUGCAGCUGAACUGAGUGACAGAGUCAACGAUGUCUUGUGUCCUAAUGUACUUGAGAAUGAAACAACAGUUAUUCUUGAUGCAGAUAUUUUUGCGUACAUUAAUGCGUUUUACAAAGAUCAGUGCAAGAUCAUGCUUUGUAAACAUAAUGCAAAAGUGGAGGUGGUAAAUUUUGAUGGCAUAACUAUUCUCCAGCUGGUAAAAGCUAGUGACCAGUGUGAACAAUCGCAACUGAUGAUGGCUAAAUUUGCAAUGGAGAGUUUAGUGAGCCAAAUGCAGCAGACGUUGCUCAGUGAGAAAAUUAGAUUAGAUGGAGGCAGUGGGCCAGAAAAAAUGCUGGAGGCAUGCAGGCAAACUAUGCAAAGCUUCCCUGAGGUUUUAGUUUGCUUUACUGAUGAGUACGUAUCCCUCAUAGGCAAUUCUCACCAUUGCAGUCAGUUCAAGAAAGAAGUGAAUGAGAAAGUGAAGGCCAUGCAGUCAAAGUCCAAUGUGGUGUUCAGUGGGCAUUCGAGUAUUCCAAGUGCAUCUGGACACCCACAUCAUUUUGGGGCGGGCUUAGAUUCAAGUGCUGCGCGUGGAAAGUAUGUAUCUAAUACCGGUGCGAGCAGCCUAAAACAGAACUGUGAUUCUGGUCAAUAUACAAGUAGUCAUGCUGAUCGUUCACAAACUGGUUAUAGAAACUUUGAUACUAAUGGGAAGUUGGGAAGUUUUCAUUGUGGUGGAGGUGCAUUACACAGUGGACCAUCUUCUUUGCCAGCAUCAUUCAGUAUGGCCUCAAGCACCAAACAGCAUAGCAAGUUGGAAAAUGCUUCAAAGAUCUCCAAGCAAUAGGCUGAAUCGUUCUUGUGAUUGAAUAACGUUUAUUUGUUCCUUCUGUGUGGCAUAGUCUUUAUUCAGUAACUGCAAGAAAACGGUUUAGUAAUUCAUUUAUAACUGGUACUGAAUGGCCUGUGUGUACCCUGGUGCUACCUCCAUGGGUCCUGCAAAGUAUGGCCCUAACUGGAUCAGGGGUGCUGAUGAUAUAAAGUGUAACAAAAAGCUGUGCUGCUCGUGGAAGGCCGAUUAAUCAUCUGCAUAGAGUUGUACAGCAUCCGUAUGAAUGAACUGUUAACCAGGUUUUAAUGCAGUUACCAUCUCUGAUAUUGCCAAUACAUACUGUGUGUAAAAUAGGUUUCACUAUAGAGGUCAGAAAGGAUGCAUUGUGAUUCAAUGAACUGGGGACUGAUUCGGUUAUAUGAUCUUAAAUUGAAAUUCUCGGAGUGUGAAUUGUUUUUGCAAUCUGCACUUUAGAAAUGCGUUGUACAUGCUGCUGAUUAUUUAUGAUCUCCGAAAGCUUGCUAAUAAUCUUGCCGCUUUUUGAAUGUUUGACUUUUCUUUUGUUUGGCAUCCGAUGGUAACACUAACACACAUUUUGUACAUGUUAAAACCCAUAAACAGCAGCUAAACAGUUCUUCUGAUUAAGUAAUUAUUUUGAGGUUUAAAUUUACACAUUAAAACCAGUGACAAUACAUUGUUGGGUCUCUUGUAUGGGAUAUAGUAGUGUGCUUGCUUUGUGCUAAGUACUGUAUUUUCAGAGAGGAAAAGAUUUUUAUUUCUAUAAAUGCAUUAAAUUAUUUCAUGUAAUAUUCUCUGCACAUAAUAUAACCAUAUUUUUAAAAAACCUGAAAAUCAAAAAUCAAUGUACAAUAAAUAUUCCAUGCAGUAAGAUGUCUCAAAAGUGCUUCACAUAUGUGUUUUCAAAUAAAAUUUGAUGCAAAACCACAUUGGGCAGAUGACCAAAAGCUUGGCUAGAAAGCUAAGUUUCAAGGACCAUCUUAAAAGAGGAAAUCACAAUAGAGGGAUGGCGUGUUUGAAAGAUGGAAUUACUCAGGAUCAUGGCAGCUGAAGUAAUAGAACAUAAGGAAUAAAAACAGAAGUUACUGGAAGAGCUCAGCAGGUCUGACAGCAUCUGCGAAGAAAAAAAAUCAGAGUUAAUGUUUCAGGUCUGGUGAUCCUUCCUCAGAAUGAGUAGAACAUUAGGGAUGUUCUAUUGGAGGAGUAGAGAGAUCUUGGAGUGUUGCAGAUUGGACGAGAUUACAGAGAUCAGGAAGGUGAAGCUACUGUGAGGACUUGAAAGCAAGGGUGAGAUUUUCAAAGCUGGGGUGUUGGUUGCUGGUUGAACAGGUAGGUCGGUGAAACAUGGGUGAUGAGUGAUGGGGGUGGGGGAGGCAGUUGGUCAUCCAAGUUUUGAAUAACCUGAAGUUUUAAGUGUGUAGAGUUUUGGAUGCUAAAGCUGCAAACUAGUUCAGUCUUGGACAGUUUGUAGGAGAAAUGGAGUCAAUGGCUGGAAAGCAGCAUGUGAAAUGGGAAUGGAGAACAAUGGGGUUGGUCUUCUCAAUAUGUAAGUGGAGUAAAUUUCUGUUUAUUCACUUUUUGGUGGGUGAGGCAAUCUUGAUGACUUUGAGAUAGUAGCCGGGUUAAGUAACUAUGGUGAGGUAAAACUCAAUCCUGCUGCAUCAUUCAGUAUAACUGUCAUUGAUCCUUUAUCUCAAUGCGGUAUUCCUACUUUCUCCUAUACACCUUGAUGCCUUUAGUAUCUUAAAAAAUAUCUCUUUCUUGAAUAUAUUCAGUCGUUUGGCCUCCUCAGCCUCCUGUGGUAGAGAAUUCCACAGAUUCACUAUACCUUGAGUGAGGAAAUCUUUCCUCAUCUUUAUCUUGAAUGAACUACUCCAUAUCCUCAGAUUAUGACACCUGGUUCUAUACUGUGCAGCCAGGUAAAACAUUCUCCCUGCAUCUAGUUUGUCCACCCCAAUUAGAAUUUUAUACAUUCAACCAGAUCCCCUUCAUCCUACAAAACUCUAAUCAAUACAGGCCUAGUUGAAUCAAUCUCUCUUCAUCGGACAGUACUGCUAUCGUCAGUAUUGGUCUGGUGAAUGUCUAUAUGGUGUAUUUUUUGUUUUUAGGUAGGGAGACCAAAGCUGCGUAUAAUACUUCAAGUCUGGUCUAACCGAGGUUGGGUACCACUAUACUAAGACAUCCCACUUCUGCACUCAUCCUUUUGCAAUGAAGGCCAAUAUACCAUUUCACUUUCCUUAUUGCUUGCUGCACCUGCUUGUUUCCUUAUGUUGAGUACAAGGACACCCAGAUUCCACUGUGCAUCCACAUUUCCCAAUUUAUCUAUAUUUAAUUAAUGCUCUGUCUUUCAGUUCUGCAUACCACAGUGUAUAACUUCAUGUUAACCAUGUUGUACUGCAUCGGCCGUGCAUUUGUCCACUUGCUCAACUUGUCAGAAUCAUUUUGAAGCCUCAUUACUUCGUACUCACAACUCUCAGUCCUACCCAGUUUUGUGUUUUCAGCAAACUUGGAAAUGUUGCAUUUCAGUCCCUCAUGCAAGUCAUUUUUAUAUAUGUCAUGAAUAGCUGGGGCCUAAGCACGGAACCUUGCAGUAUCUCACCUGUCAUGUCUGCCAUUCAGAAACUCAUUAUAUACUUUUCAUGUAUCUGAAUUUAUAAUUUUCUGUAAAUACAGAAUACACUCAUGGCAUUAUAUUAAAAGUUGGUAAUUAGGAUGAAAAAUACUGAAAAAAAUUAUAGUAAGAUCCUCGCCUCUCACCAAUGUUGUUUAUUUGUCGGAAAUCUUGUGUAUUUUUGUUUGCAACUUGACAAUUCAAAUACCAUCAAUUGAAAAUGUUCCUAUAAUUUCAGCAGUGCUGCUGUUACCAAUAUCGAUGGGUGUUCCUAGAAUCACUGCAAUGACAAAUACAUUCAUUCAAACUCCAUACAAACUGGAAUAAUUGUCAGACUGUCCUUUUUGUUGUUGUGCCUCUAACUACGAGUUACAUGUUGAAGCAAUGAGCCUAGGAAACCAUAAGUAAGAGUAUAUGGGAAAACCUGAGAGGCAAAUGGGGCAGAUAUGUGGUAAAUAAAGUUAAACAUAGACUGAAUACGAAGGGCUACAUUGAGCAAUCUUGUAAGCUGGAGACUAGAUGCCAUUAUUAACAUUGUUCAGGUAGGGGUCUGAGCUAAGGGAAAUAAUUAAAAUGGUAUACUUCUUAAUGCAACAGACAAACAGAGGGUUUCAGAGAUGUGAUACACAGAUACUUAAAAGUUGACUAAUAGGUUUAUAAAACCUCAACUACAAAUCAGAUUUUGGGCUUCAUGUGUAGAGGCAGGAAUGUAGAUGCUAAGAAAUACAUGAUAAACCUGUUUCACCUCUGCAACAUUUACCACCUUAGGCAAUGCCCUUCUUUGUUUGUAGCCCAGACAAAACUUGCUCAUUUAUUAGCUUGCACAUGACCUUCUGUAACUGUGUUGCGGGUUGUGUUGGAAUUGUUGGUCCAUAUGCUAAGAAUUACUUAUCUAUUGCUCUAGGUAGAAUUACUCUAUCUUAUGCAAAAGCCCAAUAAAUUUGUAUUUGAACUAUA